AUGACUUCGUCGGGAAAACCAAAGACAACCCGAUCAAAGAGGCCUGGGCUAGAGCAGCUUCUCCAAAAGCAGCUAGACGCCUUCGAUGACGAGAGCCGCCCUAUGCUUCAAUCUCAACACGAACGCCUACAAUCAUGCUUGGCUUUUCUUGAAAAUCCUGUCCCGACUGGGCUGUCGGAGGCACAACGCUUCGGGAGAUUAAGGGCGCGAAAACUGUUGUUCGACAUUCUUCGACAUCUAGGUGAAGUACCUUUUCUGCUCUGUGCUACCGCAAUAAGUAUCACCAGGUUGGCAAGACUGUCAGAUGAAACUGUGCUGGAAGUACGUGGAUGGUGGAAAACGGUCAAGAGGUGCCCGAAUGGUCUUCUUAUCAAGGCCAAAGAAAUAUGCAAUGACGAAUUUAGACAAAAAUACACAGCGGGUGAGGCUCUGCUCAACCCUCGACGAAAAUAUUCACUAAUACAAAUAACAGAUAUGCCGAGACAAACCCCUCCCUCGACUCAACCUCCUCCCACAAUCGUCGACAUUGAGUUCACAGAGCUUUUGAACUUUUUUCAAAAGUAUGAGCUAGAUUCUCCAAAGUUGAAGCUUAUUUGUCCCCUGUUUGGCUCACCAUUGCCGUGGAUUGAUAUAAAUCUCGAUUCUUCGGAAAGGACAGCACAUAUCGAACUUUCUUUGAGAGCAAGUGAGGCGUUGGUGAAGCAUAUUCGAGUCGCACGGGAUCUAAGCGGCGUAACGGAAGUACCGAACUGA